AAGGCGCAAUCGUCUCGCAGCGUGGGGGUUAUUGGUUACCUAGUAGGUACGCUGUGAACGACAGAGAAGCUUUGCUAACUUUGCAAGCCUCUAACGUCGAGCGAUUCUGCAAAAAAGACACCAAGAUGGCGACUGAAGGGAUAGGAGGCGUCACUAAGACUGCCUUUCAGGUUUUCCUUUUCCUGCUAUGGCUGUCCAGUCUCGGUGUUCUCGGCGUGUGCAUCUGGCUCAUGGUGGAUGACAUCGUGUCCACGGGCAUGCGCGCUGAGUUCGGGCUGGGCUGGUUCUACACACCGGUCCAUCUGCUGAUCGCCUCCGCCGUGUUCGGGAUGAUCGGCGGGGUUCUGGCCAUCAUCGGGACCAUGAAGGGGAACAGGCUGCUGCUGCUCAUCUUCUGUUCGGUCCUUUUCCUCAUCACCAUCUUGAGUCUCACCGCUGGAGGACUGUCUUAUCACUACAGAGACGAAGUGAGGCUGAUAGAGUUCAGUGAUUAUGUGGAUGACUCCCUGAUCGGUGCUCUGGCCGGAGACAAGCUGGACAACAGGCCUGUCGAGCUGCAGGCGGCCGUCAAGAGAGCACAGGAACGGUUCCUGUGUUGUGGCCUGACGUUUGCCGACAACUGGAUCGACCCGUGCUUAGACGAAACCUGCAGAAACACCAAUCUGAACUACUGCACUCCAUACCCGCCUUGUCGCCUGAAGUUGUACGACAUCGUGAUUCAGUACCUGUUGUAUUCGUCUGCGGUCGGCUUCGCCCACGGAGGUCUUCAGUUCCUCGGCCUGCUGCUAGUGCUGUACAUCGUGAGGAGGCUCGGCGGCAGCAAGAAGAAAGAGAAGCGCAAGGAGGCAGCAGAGAUGGAGAAAAUGCAAGCAUCUUAAUCUCCAUCAUGAACUUCACGAUUACACUUACAAUUACACACGAUUCGUAAUUCAAUAAUGAGGAAACAACUCCAUCUGAAAAUUUGACUGUUAUCUAUAUGCAUCCCUUGGUAUAAAAAGAUGGCCAUUUCUAGAAUUUUUUCCUCCUGACAUGUUAAGGUUUUCAUCAGUAUUGAGUUACAAUGCUGUAUUACAUGUUUAAAGAAUAGGACUAUAGACGUUGUAUUUUGGUCUAAUACUAGUAUUUCGGUCUGGUCAUAUUGUCUAACCAAGUUUUCUCUAUAGUAUUUGGGUUGCUUAAGUAUUAUUAAAUGAUCAUAAGCAGUGAUUAUAUUAAUUUUUAUCUAUGUAUAUUUUCGAAGAAAAAAAUUCAAUGAGCCAAUAAUGAUCUGUCAACUUUGAUACCAUGUUUCGAUAUGUCUUUUUCUCUGUUUUAUAAUAUGUGCUGUGAUUGGUUGAUGGCAUUGAUGACGUCAGCGUCUAAGUAGUUCAAAUGUACAAUGCAUGUACACUGCAGUCGCUGCAUUGAUGACGUGUUUCUUUCACGUUUUUGAAUGAGGGAUCUUGUAUUGAACAGGAUGACUGCUGUUUGAAGUUAAGUGAGAUAUGUAUUCAAAUGUGUGUUAUUGCCUAGCUUAGAUGGUCUUCAUGUGAUAUUGUUGAAAUGCAGAUAAUCAUAGUCAGACUCAAACAUGAUAAAAUUGUUAUAUACAAUAGCAAGUGGCCGGUACAUAACUCCGACCGGACAUUAGUGUAUCAUAUUCCCAGUAGCAUUGCUGUCAAAUUCACAAUAAAUAACAUCAAUAGACUUUUUACUCUCUGGAAAAAAAAUAGUCGGUGGUUGUGAA